CUACGGGGUCUCUCAGGUCAGGCCCCAGCAGGCCUGGAGUGGAGGUGUGGAGCCAGAGCCACCCAAUCCCGUAGGGACAGGUUUCACAACUUCCCGGAUGGGGUUGUGGUGGGUCACAGUGCAACCUCCAGCUAGGAGAAUGCAGUGGCUCCCACUCCUGCUGCUUCUGACGAAGUGCUCAGGAGUCCCUGGGCAGCGCUCGCCAUUGAAUGACUUCCAGGUUCUCCGGGGCACAGAACUACAGCACCUGCUACAUGCAGUGGUGCCCGGGCCUUGGCAGGAGGAUGUGGCAGAUGCUGAGGAGUGUGCUGGUCGCUGUGGGCCCUUACUGGACUGCCGGGCUUUCCACUACAAUGUGAGCAGCCAUGGUUGCCAGCUGCUGCCAUGGACCCAGAACUCUCCCCACACACGGCUGCAGCGUUCUGGGCGCUGUGACCUCUUCCAAAAGAAAGACUACAUACGAACCUGUAUAAUGGACAAUGGAGUCCGGUACCGGGGCACCAUAGCCAUGACCGCAAGUGGCCUGCCCUGCCAGCGCUGGAGCCACAAGUUCCCCAAUGACCACAAGUACACACCCACACUCAGGAAUGGCCUGGAAGAGAACUUCUGCCGCAACCCCGAUGGGGACCCGGGAGGUCCCUGGUGCUACACGACAGACCCUGCGGUGCGCUUCCAGAGCUGCGGCAUCAAGUCCUGCCGGGAGGCCACUUGUAUUUGGUGCAAUGGAGAGGAUUACCGUGGCGCAGUGGACCACACCGAGUCUGGACGCGAAUGCCAGCGCUGGGACCUGCAGCGUCCUCACCAGCACCCCUUCGAGCCCGGCAAGUUUCUCGACCAAGGUCUAGACGACAACUAUUGCCGGAAUCCCGACGGCUCCGAGCGGCCCUGGUGCUAUACCAUGGACCCACAGAUCAAGCGGGAGUUCUGUGACCUCCCCCGCUGUGGGUCCGAGGCACAGCCCCGCCACGAGGCCACGACUCUCAACUGCUUCCGAGGAAAGGGUGAGGGCUACCGGGGCACAGCCAAUACCACCACCGCAGGUGUACCUUGCCAGCGUUGGGAUGCGCAGAGCCCGCAUCAGCACCGGUUUGCACCUGAGAAAUACGCGUGCAAGGACCUUCGAGAGAACUUCUGCCGGAACCCCGACGGCUCCGAGGCACCCUGGUGCUUCACAUCUCGGCCUGGCAUGCGCAUGGCCUUCUGCUACCAGAUCCGGCGUUGCCCGGACGACGUGCGGACGGAGGACUGCUACCACGGCGCGGGGGAGCAGUACCGAGGCACGGUCAGCAAGACCCGCAAGGGUGUCCAGUGUCAGCACUGGUCGGCUCAGACGCCGCACAGGCCUCAGUUCACACCCACCUUGGCCCCACACUCCCAGCUGGAGGAGAACUUCUGCCGGAACCCAGACAGGGAUAGCCAUGGGCCCUGGUGCUACACUGUGGACCCAGGGACUCCAUUUGACUACUGUGCCCUGCAACGUUGCAAUGAUGACCAUCCACCAUCCAUCCUAGACCCCCCAGACCAGGUGCUGUUUGAGAAGUGUGGCAAGAGGGUAGAUCGGCUGGACCAGCAUCGAUCCAAGCUGCGUGUGGUGGGGGGCCAGCCAGGCAACUCACCCUGGACAGUCAGCUUGCGCAACCGGCAAGGCCAGCAUUUCUGCGGGGGGUCCCUAGUGAAGGAGCAGUGGGUACUGACUGCCCGGCAAUGCUUCUCUUCCUGCCAUAUGGCUCUCACGGGCUAUGAGGUGUGGUUGGGCACCCUGUUCCAGGACCCACAGCCUGAGGAGCCAGGCCUGCAGCGGGUCCCAGUAGCCAAGAUGGUGUGUGGGCCCUCAGGUUCCCAGCUUAUCCUGCUCAAGCUGGAGAGAUCUGUGACCCUGAACCAGCGUGUGGCCCUGAUCUGCCUGCCUCCUGAGCGGUAUGUGGUGCCUCCAGGGACCAAGUGUGAGAUCGCAGGCUGGGGUGAGAGCAAAGGUACAGGUGAUGGCACAGUCCUAAACGUAGCCUUGCUGAAUGUCAUCUCCAACCAGGAGUGUAACAUCAAACACCGAGGACGCGUACGGGAGAGUGAAAUGUGCACUAAGGGACUGCUGGCCCCCGUGGGGGCCUGUGAGGGUGACUACGGGGGCCCACUUGCCUGCUUUACCCAUGACUGCUGGGUCCUGGAGGGAAUUAUAAUCCCCAACCGAGUGUGUGCGAGGCCCCGCUGGCCAGCUGUCUUCAUGCGUGUCUCUGUGUUUGUGGACUGGAUUCACAAAGUCAUGCGGCUGGGCUAGGCCCGGCCCCAACCCCAUGUGCUUUGGGAGAGGAUGAAACUUCCUGUCAGACAUAAAGCCACCUUUUCCUCUUUAUGCCUGU